UCACCAUUCGCGCUCGGAAAACACUCUUGCUCACCGUGCUGGACACAGACCAUGGACUCAGAUACGAGCCGCGUGUCGAGCAGACCCUCAUCUCCGGAGGUGGACGACAUCUUCCUCGCCACCCUCAAGAAGUCGGUGCACGGCUUCUCCAGCGCCGUGUCCUCCACGCAGAACGACCACCUGUCCGAGCUCGCCACCCUGCACGGCCUGCACGGCCUGCACAGCCUCUCCGAGGACGACGACGACUCCCUCUCCCUGCGGCUGUCCAAGAAGGACCAAAAGCUGCUGUCGGAGAACGAGCUGCAGACCAUCCGCCUCAAGAUCAACAGCCGCGAGAGGAAGAGGAUGCACGACCUCAACGUGGCCAUGGACGGGCUCCGGGAGGUCAUGCCCUACGCGCACGGGCCGUCGGUGCGCAAGCUCUCCAAAAUCGCCACCCUGCUGCUGGCUAGAAACUACAUCCUGAUGCUGAGCAACUCGCUGGAGGAGAUGAAGCGGCUGGUGAGCGAGUUCUACGGCAGCGGCGGGCACCACGGCGGCUUCCACCCGGCGGCCUGCGGGACUAUGACGCACGCGGGACCCGUGCCGGGACACCCGGUGGUUUCCCACGCCUCGCACCCGGUGGUGCACCACCCGCUCCUCCCGCCGGCCGUCUCCUCCGCGUCGCUGUCCGCGCCCGGCAUCUCCGCCGUGACCUCGGUCAGAGCCCACCACGGACUCCUCAAGGCGCCCGGAGCCGGCGCGGGGCCCCUGGGCAGCAGCUUCCAGCACUGGGGCGUCGGCACCGGGAUGCCGUGCCCGUGCAGCAUGUGCCAAGUCCCGCCUCCGCAUGUGACCAGCAUGAGCGCGGUGCCCCUGCCGAGGCUGUCCGGCGACCCCAAGUGACUCCACACUCGAGGUGGAGACGAACUUGUUCCGGGGGGGUGUUGGUACUGACUCUCUCUCUCUCCCCCACAUUGUGACUCGUUUUAUAUUUAUCUCUGUGGCUGAAUCCGUUACGACGGAGCCGGUAAAGAAUCCAUCGGGUUUUGUUUUUUUGGGGGGUUUUGCAAACUAACUUAGCGUUUUAUGGUAAUUUACCUCACUUGUUUAACAGGCGUGUCUCCACAGAGCUCCUUAUUACUGGACACAAGGCCCGGGCCGUGUGCGCGCGCGCGUGUCUGUGUGUGUCUCCGCAGAUAUUUAAAGAUCAAAUUGAUUUUACUUCUCUCUCCUGUGGGCCCCAAUCCAACCUCAAAUAUAGAGUGUACAUAUGUAGAUGGAUUAUUCAUAUAUUAGAGUCUCGUUACG